AUGGAGAAGACCAUUUGCAACUCGUCCCACAGCAAAGAGGAGAUCCAGCCCCUCCGCUAUUUAAGGUAAGUUGGCCGCCUUGCGGGAAAAAGACCCCUGCCUUUCUUGCCACCCCCCUUCCCCAGCAAAGCUCUUUGCGCACCUGUCCGGAGGCUGCACCUGUUGAGAUUGUGCCUGCGACGGAAGCCUGCCAGGCAACGUUAAGGCGCUGGCCUCGGUAGUUGCGGGCUGGGGAAUGGGUUUGUGGGGCCAAAGCAAAGAGGGGCAUGUUUUUUCAAAUUAAGGGGGGGACAGGCAGGGGUCUGUGAUGGAGCCAGGGGUACCUCAAUGCCAACAGACCCAGCAGGUGGGCAGAUGAUGACGACUUGGCCAAAAACGACCCAUCGGGGAGCUCGACUCGGGGACCGACGUUUGGGCAGGUUUGGUACUUGGGUGCAGUCGUCCGGCGACUAGAGGGCACCACCUUGGGGAAGGCUGACUUAAGGACUGGGUAGCUCUGCUGGUUAGAACUUGCCAGUAACGGCAAGGUUGUGGGUUCGAUUCUCGUAUUUUUCUGGAGGGACGCGUACCCCUAAACAUUUUGUGGAUCUUAAAUUGAGGGACGCGGGUGGCGCUGUGGGUUAAACCACAGAGCCUAGGGCUUGUCGAUCAGAAGGUCGGUGGUUCAAAUCCCCGCAAUGACGGAGUGAGCUCCCGUUGCUCGGUCCCUGCUCCUGCCAACCUAGCAGUUCAAAAGCACGUCAGAGUGCAAGUAGAUAAAUAGGUACCACUCCGGUGGGAAGGUCAACGGCGUUUCCGUGCGCUGCUCUGGUUCGCCAGAAGCGGCUUAGUCAUGCUGGCCACAUGACCCGGAAGCUGUACGCCGGCUCCCUCGGCCAGUAAAGCGAGAUGAGCGCCGCAACCCCAGAGUCAGCCACGACUGGACCUAACGGUCAGCGGUCCCUUUACCUUUAUUAUUUCAGUAUGAGUAGGGAAACGAGAGUACACCCCUAAACAUAUUUUUUAAAGGGGAAAAAAAGCACUGCCCUGUAUGGGACAUUUUGCAUUGCACCAGGGGGUCUGACUAAAUGAGCACUGGGGUCCCUUCCAACUCUCUACCGUUCUGCGACUCUGGGAGUGUGAAUGAACCCGGUUCAGACGAUCUGUGCGGAGCCAAAGGCGACAUCUCCGCCGCCCAGAAAACGAUCCUUUCGUAGGCCCAGCCCAGAACCGCAGGUGGUUAAACUGCGGAACUCUCCUCCACUGGAUUCAACCCAACUACAUGGCUUUAGGCGAGAAUUAGGUGAAUUCACGGGCGACAUCGCUGCCGAGGCAGUGAUGCUUCCGAAUUUCAGUCGCUGGCGGGGUCCCAAAGCGAGGGGAUCCACUCUUGUGAUCUGUUUCUCCUUGGGGGUACUUGGUCGGAUGGGCCUGAUCCCGUAGCCCCUCCUUACAACUCCUUUCCCCACGCACAGCCCCAUAAGCUGGAUUUUUGCUUUGCCGUCGCCCUGACCUUCCUAUUUUAAAAACCAAUUUCCAUUUAAAAUUCUACUUUCGUGAAUUGCAAAAGAAUGUGUGCUGUUUUGCUCUCUGUCUUUUCAGAUUAUACUUUCCCCCCACAGACAAUAUGGUAUCCAGGGGUAGGAGGAGGAGGAAAUUAGAGGGGGGGGGUGAUUAUUAUUAUUAUUUAUUGAAUUAAUAUCCUGCCCCUGUGCCUGCAAGUCUCAGGCCGGAUCCCAGAAUAAAACCAGAAUACAAAACCACAAAAUGCAUAACCAGAAUUAAAACAACACCCCCGAAAAAACCCACAUCUUGAAAGAGUAAUGAACAUUAUUUGCGGGGGGAGCAUUUUCAAAACACGGUAUACCUGUGAGGUUUUUACAUCUGUGUUCUUCGGUUCAGUUCUCUUUCUACCCUAUUUUCCCGUGUACAACAAACCCCCGUGUACAAGAUGCCCCCGAUUUUGGGGGCACUCAAAAUUAAGAAAACGGGGGGAGAGAUUGCCCGCAACGGUUGAGCUUUUAAUGCACUAUCUGUGUAUAAGACGCGCCCUCCCCAAUUUUCUAACAUGCUUUUUUAAUAAUAAUUUAAAACCCCUAGUCUUAUGCAUGGAAAAUUACAGUAUAUGCAUUUGUUCGUUUAUAUGGGCAGCGAAGAUCGGGGGCCACUGAUCUACGUGGUUGCAACACCGAAAAGGAUCAUUUUUUUCUCUCUUUGCAAACGCGGGUUUUGCAAAGAGCGACUCGCUCGCCUCUGAUCUCCAUGGCAACCAUAAAACAAGCUUCGCUCUUGAGUGGGAUGUGGGUGUUGGGAGCAGAGAAAGAUAUAUAUUUUCCUUUCCAAUGAUGCUGUUAAAUCUGUCUCCUCCUGGAUUCAGAAGUAUCAAAGAAGUGUUUCAUUCAUAUAUAUAUAUAUAUAUAUAUAUAUAUAUAUAUAUAUCCCCAAUUUCUUUUUAUUCAUUUUAUAACACAAAUCAGCAACACAGAUUCUUGUCUUAUCCUUAUUUUUUCUAAACAUUGUUAGGUGGGCUUCCCCAAGUCCCCCCUAUCUGAUUUUCAUUUUAAUUCAUCUUUAGCAAUUUAUAUAUAUCAAAAUUUCUAACCAUCUUUUUUUUUAAACCACACUUAAAAUAACUUCACAUUUUAUCACUUGCAAAUAAUACUGUUUUAAAAUACGCUAUCUUCUACUUCUAACCCUACAGCCUAUACCCACUUCCAAAGCUAUUCUAAGAUUUCAAUAUUAACAUAUUUUUUCCCAAAUAUUCCUUAAACUUCUUCCAAUCUUAUUCCACCGUCUCUUCUCUCUGGUCUCCCAGUCAGUUUGGCGAGUUCCAUAUAGUCCAUCAUCCUCAUCUGCCAUUCUUCUAUGUUCCUUUUUUUCUGUAUGCCACAACAGCUGCGAGAAUAUUGCUACCGAAGAAUUGGAAGAAACAAGAUUUACCAUCUAUAGAAGUCUUUCAUUUAAACGCAUCACAGACUUUGCACAAAAUGUGGGGCACACAGAAAACCCUCUGGUUUGGGUACCAGAAUAGUUGAAAACAGAUGAUGGGGAAAUUGGUGUCUCACAGAAAACCCUCUGGUUUGGGUACCAGAAAAGUUGAAAAUCAGAUGAUGGAGAAAUUGGGGUCUCAAAUAAGACCCUCUGGUUUGGGUACCAGAAUAGUUGAAAACAGAUGAUGGGGAAAUUGGUGUCUCACAGAAAACCCUCUGGUUUAGGUACCAGAAAAGUUGAAAAUUAGAUGAUGGAGAAAUUGGGGUCUCAAAUAAGACCCUCUGGUUUGGGUACCACAAUAGUUGAAAACAGAUGAUGGGGAAAUUGGUGUCUCACAGAAAACCCUCUGGUUUAGGUACCAGAAAAGUUGAAAAUUAGAUGAUGGGGAAAUUGGGGUCUCAUAGAAGACCCUCUGGUUUGGGUACCAGAAUAGUUGAAAAGGAGGUGAUGGGGAAAUUGGGGUCUCAUAGAAGACCCUCUGGUUUGGGUACCAGAAAAGUUGAAAAGCUAAUGAUGGGGAAAUUGGGGUCUCAUAGAAGACCCUCUGGUUUGGGUACCAGAAUAGUUGAAAAGGAGGUGAUGGGGAAAUUGGGGUCUCAAAUAAGACCCUCUUCUUCGGGUACCAGACGAUGGGAAAUGGAGCUUCGAGUGAUGGACUGGGAUGAGCAGGGAGAGGAUGGAGGGGAGAAGGGAGCAAACUCUUCCCGGAAUUGCGGUGCCCCUGCCCCCCUUAACUCGCCCCCCACCCUCCGCCCCCCCAGCUCUGCCCAGCCAUUGUAGCGUUGUGGGAAGAUUUUCUUUCCAAAGGCCUCUUAUUUAGCGGUUGCCGUGGCGACGGAACCAAACGCCGCGGGAAGCUGGAAAGCCUUGAUUUCUUUUUUUUAUUGGGGGGGGGUCUCAAUCCAGCGAGAAGGAGAGAUCAGCGCAGCGUGAAAAGGGGGCUUAUAUCGGACAGUGCAAAACCGUGCAUUGCGGGGGGUGGGCCGGAUGGCCUUUGGGGGGCCCUUGUUUAGUCAUUUAGUCGUGUCCAACUCUUCGUGACCCCCUGGACCAGAGCACGCCAGGCCCUCCUGUCUUCCACUGCCUCCCGCAGUUUGGUCAAACUCAUGCUGGAAGCUUCGAGAACACUGUCCCACCAUCUCGUCCUCUGUCGUCCCCUUCUCCUUGUGCCCUCCAUCUUUCCCAGCAUCAGGGUCUUUUCCAGAGAGUCUUCUCUUCUCAUGAGGUGGCCAAAGUCUUGGAGCCUCAGCUUCAGGAUCUGUCCUUCCAGUGAGCACUCAGGGCUGAUUUCCUCCAGAAUGGAGAGGUUGGAUCUUCUUGCAGUCCAUGGGACUCUCAAGAGUCUCCUCCAGCACCAGAAUUCAAAAGCAUCCAUUCUUCGGCGAUCAGCCUUCUUUAUGGUCCAGCUCUCACUUCCAUACAUCACUACUGGGAAAACCAGAGCUUUAACUAUACGGACCUUUGUUGGCAAAGUGAUGUCUCUGCUUUUUAAGAUGCUGUCUAGGUUUGUCAUUGCUUUUCUCCCAAGAAACAGGCGUCUUUUAAUUUUGUGGCUGCUGUCACCAUCUGCAGUGAUCAUGGAGCCCAAGAAAGUAAAAUCUCCCACUGCCUCCAUUUCUUCCCCUUCUAUUUGCCAGGAGGUGAUGGGACCAGUGUCCAUGAUCUUCGUUUUUUUGAUGUUGAGCUUCAGACCAUAUUUUGCGCUCUCCUCUUUCACCCUCAUUAAAAGGUUCUUUAAUUCCUCCUCACUUUCUGCCAUCAAUGUUGUGUCAUCUGCAUAUCUGAGGUUGUUGAUAUUUCUUCCGGCAAUCUUAAUUCCAGCUAGGGAUUCAUCCAGCCCAGCCUUUCGCAUUGGGGGGCCCCUUCCCAACCCACAAAUCAAAAAUUGUGGGGAGUCCCUGUUUGAAACCCUGGAAAAGCUCUUGCCAGUCAGUGCAAACGGCACUGAGAUGGAUAGACCGGCUUAAGGCAGCUUCCAAUUCGAACCGGAUUCUUGUGGACUAGAAUCUUGCGUUGUCUUUAGGGGAGAGGCCCAUAGCUCAGCAGAGAAGCGCUUGCUUGGUAUGCAGAAGGUCCUGGGGUUCAAAUCCUAGCAGCAGGGCAGGGGGCUGCCCUUUGCCCUUCGCCAUGUCCAUGGAGGCACAGGUCAAAUCUGUUUCAAGGGCAGGUGUCUACCAGCGCCAUCUGGUACGCAGGAUGAGACCCUCCCUGCCUGCGGACUGUCUGGCCAGAGUGGUGCAUGCUCUGGUUAUCUCCCGCUUGGACUACUGCCAUGCGCUCUCCGUGGGGCUACCUUUGAAGGUGACCCGGAAACUACAACUAAUCCAGAAUGCGGCAGCUAGACUGGGGACUGGGAGCGGCCGCUGAGACCACAUAACACCGGUCUUGAAAGACCUACAUUGGCUCCCAGGACGUUUCCGAGCACAAUUCAAAGUGUUGGUGCUGACCUUGAAAGCCCCAAACGGCCCAGUAUCCCUGAAGGAGCAUCUCCACCCCCAUCGUUCUACCCGGACACUGAGAUCCAGCGCCGAGGGCCUUCUGGUGGUUCCCUCACUGCGAGAAGCCGAGUUACAGGGAACCAGGCAGAGGGCCUUAUCGGUGGUGGUGCCCGCUCUGUGGAACACCCUCCCACGAGAUGUCAAAGAGAACAACAACUACAGACUUUGAGAAGACAUCUGAAGGCAGCCCUGUUUAGGGAGGCUUUUAAUGUUUGAUGUAUUACAGUAUUUCAGUAUUUUUUGGGGAAGCCGCCCAGCGUGGCUGGGGAAGCCCAGCCAGAUGGGCUGGGUAUAAAUAAUAAAUUAUUAUUAUUAUUAUUAUUAUUAUUAUUAUUAUUAUUAUUCACCGAGCCUGAAACCCCAGAGACCAGCUGCCGGUCAAAGUAAACGAUAUGAGGCCAGAUGGACGCAUUGGUCUGAGCUCAGCUUCCUAGCAAACCUCCCUUCUGCCUGGGUUUGUUGCUUCUGCAGCAAGCCUUCUGCUUCGGCUCAUUUAACGGCGGGCGCGAGGGCGAUUUGCUUAACGAUUACCCCCCCCCCCGUCACCGCUUUGAUUAGCGAUAAUAAUUCAACAGUUGAAAACACGAAUCUGUCCAUUCCUCUUUUCGUCGGGACUAGAACUCGUAGCUGAAUGCCAGAAGAUUUGGGACAGAGAAAAAGCCGUCCUUCUUGCACCUGGUUAACCUGUGGGACUCCCUGCCACAACCCAGAUGGGCUUUGAAAGAGGACUGGGCAAAUUCGUGGAGGGCUUUUGAAGGCUGCUAGCCACGGAGGUUAUGCUCUCCUUGCUUCUAUCCAGAUUCCGGAUUUCAGGUCCAUGGGGUCACGAAGAAUCGGACACGACUAAACGACUAAACAACAACAACAUGAGAACAGGAUACUGGACUAAUAAUAAUAAAUUUUUAUUGAUACCCUGCCCUUCCCGGUUCAAAAACCAGGCUCCGGGCGGCUAACAACAAAUUUAAAACACUUAAUUGUAAAAGCAGCUUAAAAUACAGUAUAAAAACAUGAAUAACAAUAAAAUUCAAAAUCGAUUUAGGGGGAAAAAGCAUUAGAUAAUCCCCAGGGCUAGCUGGCUGAAUUGGUCCUACUUGGGCCAGUGAGGAGACCAGGGGAGAAUUAGCUGUGGGGUCUCAGAGCGGGUAAUCUUCAUAAAAGGGGAGGGGGAGGGAAGGAAGGGGAAUAAAAGAUCAGACUAAGUUCAAAUUAAAGGCCAGGUGGAAUAGCUCUGUCUUACAGGCCCUGCGGAAGGAGGUUAAAUCCUGCAGGCCCUGGUCUCAUGGGACAGAGCAGUCCACCAGGUUGGAGCCAUCACUGAAAAGGCCCUGGCCCUGGUGGAGGAUAGUCUGACUUCCUUAGGGCCCGGGACCUCUAAACUAUGGUUAUUCAUGGACCUUAAGGUCCUCUGCGGGGCAGACCAGGAGAGGCGGUCCCGUAAAUACGAGGGCCCUAAGAUUGAUGGAGCACAUGUUUCUUAGGUCCUCACCCACUAGCCUUGUGGCAGGGAGUUCCACAGGUUUGCCACACUGCAUCAUUCGCCCUGAAACUUCAAAUUCCGGCACGAUCCCACUGCCGUCAAACCCACCCACCAAAAUCUCAUGCCAGAGCAUGUCUAGCUCGGAGCCCCGCAAAUUCGACAAGGCAACCCUUGUCUCGAUUCCUGUAACAUACACAUUCCUGUUUGCUCCAGGCCCAGAUUUACCUAUAAGCUCAACAAGCUAUAGCUUCGGGCCCCGCUGUCUUGGGGCCCCCCAAAAAAAUUUAAAGGGAAGGACAGAUCGUGUCCCUGGAAGGACAGAUCGUGAAGCUGAGGUUCCAAGACUUUGGCCACCUCAGGAGAAGAGAAGACUCCCUGGGAAAGACCCUGAUGUUGGGAAAGAUGGAGGGCUCAAGGAGAAGGGGACGACGGAGGACGAGAUGGUGGGACAGUGUUCUCGAAGCUACCAGCAUGAGUUUGACCAAACUGUGGGAGGCAGUGGAAGACAGGAAGGCCUGGCGUGCUCUGGUCCAGGGGGUCACGAAGAGGCGGACAUGACUAAAUGACUCAACAACAAAAACAAACAAACCUUUUCCUGUGUCUUGCAGCAGAGCAGAAGCUUUGGCGAUCGACAAAGAACUCCUGGAGGAGUUUAGGUUCGGGCACCAGCAGCUGAUUGAGAUCUGGGGUCAUGCGUGUGCCAUGGCAGUCACCAAGGUAAGCGCAAGGUUACCAGCUGGGAUGGAAACAGCUGAAAGGGAGGAGGAACGGAAACUUUCUGGUCUGGAGGGCGCCAGGUUGGCAACCCUCGUGGUCUCAGAGCUCUCCUUUAAAUCAGAACCAGUGAAGGCGGUGAAGGUCCUGUGUGAGUGUCUGGAGGCGGUUGGAGGAUGGAUGGCGGCCAACAGAUUGAGGCUGAAUCCUGACAAGACAGAAGUACUGUUUUGGGGGGACAGGAGGCGGGCAGGUGUGGAGGAUUCCCUGGUCCUGAAUGGGGUAACUGGGCCCCUGAAGGACCAGGUGCGCAGCCUGGGGGUCAUUUUGGACUCACAGCUGUCCAUGGAGGCGCAGGUCAGUUCUGUGUCCAGGGCAGCUCCAUCUGGUACGCAGGAUGAGACCCUCCCUGCCCACGGACUGUCUGGCCAGAGUGGUGCAUGCUCUGGUUAUCUCCUGCUUGGACUACUGCCAUGCGCUCUAUGUGGGGCUGCCUUGGAAGGUGACCUGGAAACUGCAGUUAAUCCAGAAUGCGGCAGCCAGACUGGUGACUGGGAGCGGCCGCCGGGACCACAUAACACCGGUUCUGAGAGAUCUGCAUUGGCUCCCAGUACGUUUCCGAGCACAAUUCAAAGUGUUGGUGCUGACCUUGAAAGCCCUAAAUGGCCCAGUAGACCUAAAGGAGCAUCUCCACCUCCAUCGUCCAUCCCGGACACCGGGGUCCAUCUCCCGAGGGCCUUCUGCCGGUUCCCUCAUUGCGAGAAGUGAGGUUACAGGGAACCAGGCAGAGGGCCUUCUCGGUGGUGGCGCCCGCCCUGUGGAACCCCCUCCUAUCAGAUAUGAAGGAAAUAAUCCUAUCUUUAAAAGACAUCUGAAGGCAGCCCUGUUCAGGGAAGCUUUUAACAUUUAACGCUGUAUUGUUUUUAAUACUUGAUUGGGAGCCGCCCAGAGUGGCUGGGGAAACUCAGCCAGAUGGGCGGGGUAUAAAGAAUAAAUUAUUAUAUAUAUUAUUAUGUUUCCGAGCGCCCUGAGGUGGCAGCCUGUUGUUGUUGGUCCAGCGCUUCCUUCAGGUACCACUGAAGUCGCCUCUUUUUGACGUUUCCCAGAGCAUCUCCUUCAUUUUCGGCCUGUUAGUUUUGGACGAGGAGCGGCCGCAUCUGGCUUUUUAAUUGCUCGCAGCCUCUCCCGACCCUCCGCCGCCGAGGAAAUGCCGUGCGGUUUUCGAAGUCUGGCCCUGCCCGCGAUGAGGGGGGAAUGGGGACCCCUCCCUCUCCCCCCACCACAGGGGGGAGUUGAGUUGCUAUUUGGGCAAUUUUAAAAAUUUCAUUUUCCCUCUUCCGGAUUUUUACCUCUGGUUUGGAAUCAGGUAUUUGCACUGCAUUGCACUGGGGUAGCCAGUAAUUAUUAUUAUUAUUAUUAUUAUUAUUUAUUAUUUCUACCCCGCCCAUCUGGCUGGGCUUCCCCAGCCACUCUGGACAGCUUCCAAAAUAUAUUAAAAUACUGCAAUACAUCAAACAUUAAAAGCUUCCCUGAACAGGGCUGCCUUCAGAUGUCUUCUAAAAGUCUGGUAGUUGUUGUUCUCUUUGACAUCUGGUGGGAGGGCGUUCCACAGGGCGGGCGCCACCACCAAGAAGGCCCUCUGCCUGCUUCCCUGUAACCUCACUUCUCGCAGGGAGGGAACCGCCAGAAGGCCCUCGGGAGAUGGACCCAGGUGUCCGGGAUGGACAAUGGGGGUGGAGAUGCUCCUUCAGGGAUACUGGGCCAUUUAGGGCUUUCAAGGUCAGCGCCAACACUUUGAAUUGUGCUCGGAAACAUACUGGGAGCCAAUGCAGAUCUCUCAGGACCGGUGUUAUGUGGUCUCCAUUCCCAGUCCCCAGCCUGGCUGCCACAUUCUGGAUUAGUUGUAGUUUCCGGGUCACCUUCAAAGGUAGCCCCACGGAGAGCGCAUGGCAGUAGUCCAGGCGGGAGAUAACCAGAGCAUGCACCACUCUGGCCAGACAGUCUGUGGGCAGGUAGGGUCUCAUCCUGCGUACCAGGUGGAGCUGCCCUGGACACAGAAUUGACCUGCGCCUCCAUGGACAGCUGUGAGUCCAGAAUGACUCCCAGGCUGCGCACCUGGUCCUUCAGGGACACAGUUACCCCACUCAGGGCCAGGGAGUCCCCCACACCUGCCCGCCCCCUGUCCCCCAAGAACAGUUCUUCUGUCUUGUCAGGAUUCAACCUCAAUCCGUUAGCCGCCAUCCAUCCUCCAACCGCCUCCAGACACUCACAGAGGGUUAACCAUCAGCCUUCUCUCCCCCCCCCCAUUUUUCCAUUGGGGGAAUUUUUCUUUUAGUUUUUCUUUUAAUUUUUCCAUUGGGGGAAUUUUUCAUUCAGUGCUGACAGAGCUGAGCGACCAAUGGUCUGACUCGGUUUGGCAAGCUCCCUAGGUUCUUAUUUAAAACCAGACCACGAAGGCUAGAUCAGGGGUCAGCAACCUUUUCCAGCAGGGGGCCGGUACACCGUCCCUCAGACCAUGUGGGGGGGCCGGACCAUAUUUUGGACAGAAAAAAAAUGAACGAAUUCCUAUACCCCACAAAUAACCCAGAGAUGCAUUUGAAAUAAAAGCACACAUUCUACUCAAGUAAAAACACGCUGAUUCCCAGACCGUCUGAAGGCCAGAUUGAGAAGGCGAUUGGGCUAGAUCCGGCCCCCGGGCCUUAGGUUGCCUACCCCUGGGCUAGAACCUUGUUUUAUCCUUAAGGGAAGGAGUAGGGAAAAGAGUUCCAGGUUUGAUUGCAAAACAUCUCAGGUUAGGGCUAAGGGGAGAUGCGCUGCCUGAAAGACCUCCUUAUAUUCCUGAUGGAAGCCACUGAGGUUCUGGUCCUGGGGUCUCUCCCAUUGGGUGCCUCUGUUUUUAUCCUGAGCCCCCACCCACACCCCAUCGCCCUGCACCCUAAUUUUCCCGGGCGUCUCGUUCCAGGUUUUCCCUCGGAGGUCUCUGCAGAGGAAGCAGCCGACGUUGCUGGUGGUCUGCGGCUGUGAGCAGAACGGAGCGGUCGGACUGGCGUGCGCCCGUCACCUGCGUGUCUUUGUAGGUACCUGCCCCCCCUGUCCUCCCCCCCAGAGUUUGUCUUUGUUUCCAACUUGCACCUUCUCUCCUCCUUGUUCGAAUCCAUUUCUGCCCCCCCCCCCGUUUAAAAGAGGGUUGGAAUUUAAUAUAUAAUGAACUGAAGAAACUUCUUAAGUACACAUUCCCGAAAAAAACCGGAAGCUUUUCUAUUAGGGAUCAUAGGGGAGGAAGUUAAGAAGGAGGACCAUAAAUUAUUCCAAUAUGCUACUGAAGCAGCUAGAAUACUGGUAGCUCAAAAAUGGAAAUUACAGGAGACCCCAACGAUAACGGAAUGGCAGGCUAAAUUUUUUAAGUAUACAGAAUUAGCUAAAAUGACCUACAGAAUUCGAGACCAAAAAGGGACAAAGUUUGAAGAAGAGUGGGGUAAAUUUGUGGCAUACAUAAGAAUUAACUGUAGAAGUUUAAAGACCACAGCAGGGUUGAUAUAAAUCCUGUGAUGUGUAUGGAAGGUGAAUAAGAAUCUACAAGAGAAGACAUAUAUUAAGAAAACCGAAGCGGGAAGGAAGGAAAUCUGGGUGUGAAUAUACACAGUGUAAAUAAGACGACACAAAAUGAUGACUGUAAAAUAUUGCUUUAUUUUGUUUUAUUUUUGUUUGUGAAAAAAUUAAUAAAAAGCAAUUUAAAAAAAUAAAUAAAAGAGGGUUGGACAAAUUCAUAGAGGUAUUGAUGGCUACCAGCCGCCAGGGCUAUGAUGUCUGGAGGCAAAGUUGCUUGGGAAUUCCAUCUCAGGAUGUCUGAAAACACACACACACACACACACACACACACACACACACACACACAGAGUGAUGUUUCUCCCAGCGCUAUUGAAAGGUGCAAAAUCAGGUCUCUCUCCUGUGGUGAUAUUUUACAAUUUAGUUUAUUUGCAAAGCUAUUGCACUACCAACCUUACUGUAUGCUUGUGAAACAUAGACCACUCAUAAACGCCAUCUCCAACUCCUCAGAAGAUUCCAUCAACGGUGUCUCUGAAAAAUAUUACACAUCACUUGGGAAGACAGGCGAACUAAUAUCAGUGUUCUGGAAGAAGCAAAGAUCACUGGUUUCGAAGCGAUGAUUCUUCAACAUCAACUUCGUUGGACUGGUCAUGUUGUGCGGAUGCCUGACUAUCGUCUUCCAAAGCAACUAUGGUGGUACCUCAGGUUACAGACGCUUCAGGUUACAGACUCCACUAACCCAGAAGUAGUAUCUCGGGUUAAGAACUUUGCUUCAGGAUGAGAACAGAAAUCAUGCUCUGUCGGCGCAGCGGCAGCAGGAGGCCGCAUUACCUAAAGCAGUGCUUCAGGUUGAGAACAGUUUCAGGUUAAAAACGGACCUCCGGAACGAAUUAAGUUCUUAACCCAAGGUACCACUGUACUCUAUUCUGAACUUAAAAAUGGAAAGCAUAAUGCUGGUGGUCAACAAAAGAGGUUUAAAGACUCACUCAAGGCACAUUUUUAAAAAUGUAGUAUAGGUAAAGGUAAAGGGGCCCCUGACCAUUAGGUCCAGUCGUGACCGACUCUGGGGUUGCAGCGCUCAUCUCGCUUUAUUGGCCGAGGGAGCCGGCGUACAGCUUCCGGGUCAUGUGGCCAGCAGGACUAAGCCGCUUCUGGCGAACCAGAGCAGCGCACAGAAACGCCGUUUACCUUCCCGCUGGAGUGGUACCUAUUUAUUUACUUGCACUUUUACAUGCUUUUGAACUGCUAGGUUGGCAGGAAAAUGUAGUAUAAACACUGACAACUGGGAAACACUGGCCUGCGAGCGCUCCAGUUGGAGAACAGCCUUGACCAAAGGUGUCAAGUGCUUUGAAGACGCUCGAAUUCAGGACACAAGGGAGAAACAUGCUAAGAGGAAGGCACGCUUGGCAAACCCUCACCGGGAUCAACUCCCGCCCAGAAACCUAUGUCCCCACUGUGGAAGGACGUGGGGAUCCAGAAUUGGCCUCCACAGUCACUUAUGGACUCACUGUUAAAACCGUAUUUAUGGAAGACAAUCUUACUUGGCUACGAGGGAUUGCUAAAGAAGAAGAAGAAGAAAUUUGUUCCCCAAACCCUCGCAGAAUCGCUGGGGUGAGGUUGAAGGAGAGAGAAUGCUCUGUCUUGGGACUAAAAAUAUUAGCACUGUUGGCCAGGGGGUUUUCUGAGCUUUGCAAACUGCAAAGAGAGCUCAGAGAGAGAUGCAUGGUUCUGCUUUUAAUGCAAACUGCGCUUUAGCUUUUGAAACCCGCAUAGCAACGGUCCCGGCUGGUUUGGCAGGCUUUUAAUACACCAUAUUUGCAGCGUACAAAGCACCCUGGAGUCUCUUUCUUGCCCUGAAUUAGUCUCGCUAGGAAAUAAGUCCAGGUCGCCCGGGGGAACGAGGAGGAGAAGGGAAAACAGGAUUUCAAGUCCCCUUCCUUUUCUGAAAUUUAUUUCUCAGGGAUGAAGCGGUUUCCUUCCCCUUCCUGUGCCAGCCACCCCGCUUCUGAAAUUUAUUUCUUAACUUUCAUUCAGAGUUUAGAACCCUGCCCGUUAUCAGUUAGAUAUCCAGUUCCCCAUUUCAGGAAGGCUGGAGCAUAGCUGUCAACUUUUCCCUUUUCUUGCGAGGAAUCCUAUUCGAAAUAAGGGAAUUUCCCUUAAAAAAGGGGAAACGUUGACAGCUAUGGGCUGGAGUGUAGAGCGAUGAGGGAAAUGUCGCUUCAGCAAGGCUUCCACUUGAAUAAUGAUAAUAAUAAUAAUAAUAAUAAUAAUAAUAAUAAUAAUAAUAUUUUAUUUAUACCCCGUCCAACAUUUUGGAGGUCCCAAUUUGCAAGGUGGUUAGAUUGGUCUCAACUAGGACUAGGGCCUUUUCAGUACUGGCCCCGACUUGGUGGAACGCUCUGUCCCAAGAGACCAGGGCCCUGCAGGACUUGACAUCUUUCCACAGGGCCUGCAAGACAGAGCUGUUCCGCCUGGCCUUUGGUUUGGACUCGGUCUGACCCUUAUGUUUCCCUCCCCUUAUGGUCUUGAUCUAUGGGCUACUUUUAAAAUGAGGCUGCAUUUUAAAUUGCAUUUUAACCUGUAUUUUAAAUUGGUUCCCCCCCCAUUAUGUUUUUACUGUAAUUUUACUGGUGUUAGCCACCCUGAGCCUGGCUCUGGCUGGGGUGGGCGGGGUAUAAAUUAUUAUUAUUAUUAUUAGUCAGCAUCUUAAAAAGCAGAGACAUCACCUUGCCAACAAAGGUCUGUAUAGUUCAAGCUAUGGUUUUCCCAGUAGUGAUGUAUGGAAGUGAGAGCUGGACCAUAAAGAAGGCUGAUCGCCGAAGAAUGGAUGCUUUUGAAUUCUGGUGCUGGAGGAGACUCUUGAGAGUCCCAUGGACUGCAAGGAGAUCAGACCUCUCCAUUCUGAAGGAAAUCAGCCCUGAGUGCUCACUGGAAGGACAGAUCCUGAAGCUGAGGCUCCAAGACUUUGGCCAUCUCAUGAGAAGAGAAGACUCCCUGGAAAAGACCCUGAUGUUGGGAAAGAUGGAGGGCGCAAGGAGAAGGGGACGACAGAGGACGAGAUGGCGGGACAGUGUUCUCGAAGCUACCAGCAUGAGUUUGACCAAACUGCGGGAGGCAGUGGAAGACAGGAGGGCCUGGCGUGCUCUGGUCCAGGGGGUCACGAAGAGGCGGACACCACUAAACAACAAAACAUCAUCAUCAUCAUCAUCAUCAUCAUCAUCAUUAUUCCUUCCUCUAUUGUCUCCCCCUUAUGUUUCUCCUUGCAGGAAUACGAACCCACCAUUUUCUACCCGAAGAGAUCUUCGAACCCUCUUUUCCGCGAUUUCACCACCCAGUGCGAAAAGAUGGACAUUCCAUUUCUUUCCUAUCUGCCAGCGGAGGUGAGCAAAGUCUUUCUGGUCCUUCAGUUGCAACGGAGCAUCUUGGUGCAACAACAAAAAAGACCAAUUAUAAUUUAUUCUUUAUACCCCGCCCAUCUGGCUGGGUCCCCCCAGCCACUCUGGGCGGCUUCCAACAAAACACUAAAAUACAAUAACCUAUUAAACAUUAAAAGCUUCCCUAAACAGGGCUGCCUUCAGAUGUCUUCUAAACGUUUGGUAGUUAUUCUUCUCUUGCCCUCUUCAUCAAGCCCUCUUGAUGGCAGAUGUUAACAGAUGAUUGUACAGCGGUGCCUUGGUUCUCAAACUUAAUCCAUUCUGGAAAUUCCGUUCCAAAACCAAAGCAUUCCAAAACCAAGGCAUGCUGCAUUCCCAUGGAAAGCAAUGCAAAACGGAUUAAUCCGUUCCGGGCUUUUAAAAACACAACCCCCAAAACAGCAAUCGGACAUGGAUUUUACUAUCUAAUGAGACCAUUACAAGCACAAUUCAAAGUGCUGGUCUUGAACUUUAAAGCCCUAAACAGCCUCAGCCCAGUAUACCUGAAGGGGCGUCUCCACACCCAUUGUCCAGCCCGGACACCGGGGUCCAUCUCCUGAGGGUCUUCUGGCGGUUCCCUCCCUGCGAGAAGCAAAGCUACAGGGAAGCAGGCAGAGGGCCUUCUCGGUGGUGGCGCCCUCCCUGUGGAACGCCCUUCCAUCAGAUGUCAAGGAAAUAAACUAUUACCUGACUUUUAGAAGCCAUCUGAAGGCAGCCCUGUUUAGGGAAGUUUUUAAUGUUUGAUGUUUUAAUGUAUUUUUAAUCUUUGUUGGAAGCCGCCGAGAGUGGCUGGGGAGACCCAGCCAGAUGGGCGGGGUACAAAUAAAAUUAUUAUUAUUAUUAUUAUUAUUAUUAUUAUUAGAAAGCAAUAAACAGUGUACUGCAGUCACACAAUCAAUCCAUCAGUAGCUGGACUGGGUUCUGCACAGUCGCAAAAACAAAAGGAAAAAGAGCUGCAAAAACAGAAACACAAAAUAAAUAGCAAAAAUGAACAGACCUCAGCGUAACACUCAAAAUGGAAGUGUGGCGCUCAAAAAUCGGAAGCAUAACUCUCAAAAUGGAGCAUGUUCGUCUUCCAAAAAAUGUUCGCAAACUGGAACGCUUUCUUCUGGGUUUGCAGUGUUCGGGUCCCGAGUUCUUUGAGUACCAAGGCGUUUGAAAACCAAGGUACCACCAUAUUUCGGUUUGCUGUUCUCUCAGGCAGUGUGAAUGAGGUAAAAAAGGUAAAGGGACCCCUGACCAUUAGGUCCAGCCGUGGCCGACUCUGGGGUUGCGGCGCUCAUCUCGCUUUACUGGCCGAGGGAGCCGGCGUACAGCUUCCGGGUCAUGUGGCCAGCAGGACUAAGCCGCUUCUGGCGAACCAGAGCAGCGCACGGAAACGCCGUUUACCUUCCCGCCGGAGCGGUACCUGUUUAUCUACUUGCACUUUGAGGUGCUUUCGAACUGCUAGGUGGGCAGGAGCAGGGACUGAGCAACGGGAGCUCACCCCGUCAUUGCGGGGAUUCGAACCGCCGACCUUCUGAUCGGCAAGUCCUAGGCUCUGUAGUUUAACCCACAGCGCCACCCGCGUCCCUCUAUUUAAGAUCCACAAAAUGUUUAGGGGUACGCGUCCCUCCAGAAAAAUACGAGAAUCGAUCGCUUCUCGGCCUUUUGCCUAAGAUCAAGCGCUUUAUUGGCCGAGGGAGCCGGUGUACAGCUUCCGGGUCAUGUGGCCAGCAGGACUAAGCCGCUUCUGGCGAACCAGAGCAGCGCACGGAAAUGCUGCUUACCUUCCCGCCGGAGCGGUACCUGUUUAUCUACUUGCACUUUGAGGUGCUUUCGAACUGCUAGGUGGGCAGGAGCAGGGACAGAGCAACGGGAACAACAGGAUUCGAACCGCCAACCUUCUGAUCGGCAAGUCCUAGGCUCUGUGGUUUAACCCACAGCGCCACCCGCGUCCCUUGAAUGAGGUAGAUCGGCCUUUAAAUAUGAAUUGAAUCGAAUCCCACCCUUUCCCCCACCAUCCUCAGGGCCCUCACUUUAGAUAUUGGGGGAUUGGCAUCAGAGGGUUGUGGCCUCGCAAAUCGCAUUCUGUUCUAUUAAAAAAGACGUCAAUCUCCAAGACUCUUUUAAUGACAUUUUUGGGUCCUGACGUCCCAGAAAGAAAUUACAGAGGAAGGUUUUGAGCAUGUGUGUGGCUUUCUGGUCAUAUCCCAGUUACUCGCUGGUUCCUGGGACGGGCGCCCUAACCUCACAGCGUCAUAGACUCUCGCCCUCAUUAUUUCGAAAAUCUUUGGCCUUGCAAUUUUUGCUAAAUCGCAACAGAAGCCGGAUCCGUUUGCUAUAAUCUUGCGGUGUUUGUGCUCAGGGAGAAGCCAGCUGCGAGAGAAGUUAAAACAAAAUGGCAAGCGUCCUUCUGGAGAGCUAAAAUUAGGGAUCAUACCAAAUGUUACUGCUUGAAACCGCAGGGAGCGUGCCAGAAAUACGCUGGAAGUUUGCUUGCAGACAUUUUUUUGGUGUCAAAGACAUUUGCAAAAAUAAUAGAGGGAGCAAUCUUGAUGAGCAUCUGUGCCAUGUUUUUCAUGCUCAUUUCAUGCCGAUUCGUGGCCAGUUGGGUCUCGUUUCUCCCUAAUGUGCAGUGACGGCACAUUGCGAUGUUGCGGGUCAGAUCUGGUCUUGAGACAGCAUCCCUGAGGACCAAGUGAAGCUGAUUUUAUGUUAUGUACUCAGUUUGGAUCCUAGAGAAUGCCUGAAUGUCUGAUGUAGAUUUUCAGUUUCGUUGUUCUGUAUGGGACAAUGACAAUAAAGAUUAUUGUAUCGUAAUGCAUAUCUAAGGGACGCGGGUGGCGCUGUGGGUUAAACCACAGAGCCUAGGACUUGCUGAUCAGAAGGUUGGCGGUUCGAAUCCCCGCAAUGACGGCGUGAGCUCCCGUUGCUCGGUCCCUGCUCCUGCCAACCUAGCAGUUUGAAAGCACGUCAAAGUGCAAGUAGAUCAAUAGGUACCGCUCUGGCAGGAAGGUAAACGGCGUUUCCGUGCGCUGCUCUGGUUCACCAGAAGCGGCUUAGUCCUGCUGGCCACAUGACCCAGAAGCUGUACGCCGGCUCCCUUGGCCAAUAAAGCGAGAUGAGUUUCCAACUCUAUGUACUUUACAGGACCCCGACCUAGUAGCAAAACAGCUAAGUCUACAUGCUUUCUCCACCUGUAGGUCCCCAGAUGUUGUUGAACUACAACUCCCAUCACCCCAGAUAGCAAGGCCAGAGCUCAGGGAUGAUGGGAGUUGUAGUCCGACAACAUCUGGGGAUCCACAGGUUGAGAACCACUGAGCUAAGAGGAUAGAGGGGAAGCUCUUCCAUAGAGUCUGCAUAAGCCAGGCUUCCUCAACCUCAGCCCUCCAGAUGUUUCGAGACUACAAUUCCCAUCAUCCCUGACCACUGGUCCUGCUAGCAAGGGAUCAUGGGAGUUGUAGGCCAAAAACAUCUGGAGGGCCGAGGUUGAGGAAGCCUGGUGUAAGCCUUUCUCAACCUGUGGGUCCCCAGAUGUUGUUGGACUACAACUCCCAUCACCCCAGAUAGCAAGGCCAGAGCUCAGGGAUGAUGGGAGUUGUAGUCCAACAACAUCUGGGGACCCACAGGUUGAGAACCGAUGGUUUUAGGCCAAGCUAGGUCCAGACCCUUGGACAGGGGCUGCAGAACUAGUUCAGAACCACGGACAGCAGUCCUGAAGCGGAGACAGGAGAUUCAGGUUGUCUCAGCAAGGUAUUGGGUGCAGCUUUGCAGCUGGAGGCAGAGACUGUGAGAUGACCGCGGGGGCAACCCAGUCAGUUGGGUGGGGUACAAUUAAAAUAAUAAUAAUACAGUGGUACCUUGGUUCUUAAACGCCUUGGUUCUCAAACUCUGAAAACUGGAAGUGUUCCGGUUCUCAAAUAUUUUUUUUGGAAGCUGAACGUCCGGCGCGGCUGUCGGCUAUUGUUUCCAGGGCGCCUGCACCGAUCAGAAGCCACGCCUUGGUUUUCAAACGUUUUGGAAGUCAAACAGACUUCCGGAGUGGAUUAAAUCUGGCGCUUUUGCUAUUUAUUUUGCGUUUUUGUUUUUGAGGCUUUUUCAGUUCAUUUGUUUUUGUGGCUGUGUGGAACCCAGUUCAGCUACUGAUUGAUUGAUUGAUUGAUUGAUAGUGUGACUGUGGAAAUGGAUAAAAGCCCCCAGGGAAGAAAAAAUAAUAAUUUUCAUUUUUAUCAUCUACAAUACUGCCUUAUUUAUUUUAUAGCACAGUACAUUGAUGAUUGCUUUCAUUUUAUGGAUCAAUGGUCUCGUUAGAUCGUGAAAUUCACGUUAAAUUGCUGUUUUAGGGGUUGUUUUUAAAAGUCUGGAACAGAUUGAUCAAUUUUGCAUGACUUUCUAUGGGAAAGCGUGCCUUGGUUUUGGAACGGACUUCCGGAACGGAUUAAGUUUGAGAACCAAGGUACAGUCAUACCUCUUCUUGCGAACGCUUCAUGGUGCGUUUUUUCGGGUUAAGAAUGCAGCAAACCCAGAAAUGUUUACUUCUGGGUUUCGCCAUGUGCGCACACUCAGAAGCGUUCUGCGCACUUCGCACAUGCGCAGGAGCGCUCUAUUGCACUUUGCACAUGCGCAGAAGCGCCGCUUUGGUUACGGACUUUUAGGGGUGCAAACGACACCCUGGAACGGAUUGUUUUCCACAACCAGAGGUACCACUGUACCACUCUAAUGGUAAUAAUAAUAAGGGCUGCAUCGAGAUUCUUUUACACGGUGUUUUACAUGCAUCUUGGUCGGUAGACAACAAUUUGUGUAGCUAUAAGACUUGGGGAACCCACAACUGCAUGGUUGUGAUGUGAUUUUCCUCUCUCAUCCUCUCCCCUGGUGGCAGACUCAGCUGAUCAGCGACGCUUACAACCUGGUGAUCGACGCCUUACUCGGAGUGGAGGCCACGCCAGGCGAGUUGCUGGAGCCGUUCAGUACGAUCCUGGCCACCCUCAAGCAAAUCCGGAUCCCUCUCGUCAGCCUGGACGUCCCCUCUGGUAUGCUUCCCCUGUUGAACAGCAGCCUGCUGGGUCGUGUGUGUCCCCGGCGAAUCCCUGUUGAAUUCCUAUGAUCCACGCAACGGUCACCUCCAGACUGGAUUAUUGUAACUCGCUCUACGUGGGGCUGCCCUUGAGACUGACCCAGAAACUCCAGCGGGUGCAGAAUGCUGCGGUGAGACUCCUAAUGGGGUCCUCGCUGCAAGAUCACAUUCACCCGGUGCUAUACCAGACACACUGGCUCCCGGUGGAGUACAGGAUCAGGUUUAAGGUGCUGGUUUUAACCUUUAAAGCCCUAUACGGCCUAGGACCCUCGUACCUACGGGACCGCCUCUCCUGGUAUGUCCCACGGAGGACCUUACAGUCUUCAAACAAAAACAUCCUGAAGGUCCCAGCCCACAGAGAGGUUAGGCUGGCCUCAACCAGAGCCAGGGCUUUUUCGGCUGUGGCUCUGAUCUGGUGGAACACUCUGUCACAAGAGACUAGGGCCCUGCGGGACUUGACAUCUUUCCGCAGGGCCUGCAAGACAGAGCUGUUCCACCAAACCUUUGGUCAGGGCGCAGCCUGACUCCGUCCUUUGGCAAUCCUCACAGAACUCUAGCCUAAUGGUUGCCAUCAAUUUGAUUUGAAUUAAUUUUCUAAUGAAUGAUUUUAGAAUGUUGUACUAUUUUAUGGUUGUUAGCCGCCCUGAACCCGGCUUUGGCUGGGGAGGGCGGGAUAUAAAUAAAAUUUAUUAUUAUUAUUAUAUUAUUAUUAUUUUAAAUAAAAGGACACAUUCUACUCAUGUAAAAACACGCUGAUUCCCGGACCAUCCGCGGGCCGGAUUGAGAAGGCGAUUGGGCCGGAUCCGGCCCCCGAGCCUUAGUUUACCCACCUAUGCCCUACGGGCUUAGCCUGACCCCUUGCCUCUCACGGUGGUCCGAGGAAUUACGCCCCCCCUUCCGCCACCCUGCCCAGUUUCACCCCAGCGGCCUGGCACAAACAGCAGCUGUCUCCAGCAGCUCUUGGAAGCUCAAAAAAAGGUUGAGGCAUCAGCUUCCCCAAACCGAGACAUGAAGUCAUAACCCAAAUAGUCCCUUUUUUUUUUCUCUGUGUCUGGCUGGACAGCGGCGACUGGGUCUCUGCUUUCGCCAUCAGAAAGAGCAAAUGAAGAGAGGUGAAUCUGAGAAAUCUCUUCCUCCGUUCCCUCCUUUCUUUCUCAGCCGCUUUGCACCGUGACAGAGCAGAAAGGUUUUUUGGGAAAUGGCAUUUCCAUCCCAGCUUUUCUUCUCCAUUGGCUCAAAGAGGCUGGUUCUUUCCCGCUUCCUCAAUUACCGUAUUUUUCAUCCCAUAGGGCGCUCCGGCCCAUAGGACACAUCUAGUUUUUUGGGGGGGAAAUAAAGGAAAAAAAUUUUUCCUUUAUUUCCCCCCCCAAACCAGGUCGGGGAACAGCGGGAUGGCGUCGCUCCGCCUCCCCGCCGUCCCCCGAGCUUGUGGGCUGCAGGCAGCUGCCCGCAUGCCUUGCGCGCCCGGGGGAACUCCCCCCGGGUGAGCAAGGCUUGCGGACACCUGCCCGAAGCACGGGGCGUCCUCCGGAGGGUGCCCCGUGCUCCGGGCUGCAGGCUGCCGCCCGCAAGCCUUGCGCGCCCGGGGGACCUCCUGCCGAGCUUGCAAGGCUUGCGGAUAGCUUCCUGAAGCCUGGAGAGCGAGAGGGGUCGGUGCGCCCCGACCCCUCUCACUCUCCAGGCUUCAGCAAAAGCCUGCAUUUGCUCCAUAGGACGCACACACAUUUCCCCUUCAUUUUUGGAGGGGAAAAAGUGCGUCCUGUAGGGCGAAAAAUAUGGUAAUCCCUGUAAUAAUAAUUCAGCCAGAGAGAAGAUGCUCUCUGAUUCAACUGCUGUUGUUUGGAAUAUGCUUUUCCCUGGUUGUGUAAGGUUGUGUAAGCCUUCUCAGGGCUAAUAAUAAUAAUACAGUGGUACCUCGGGUUACAUACGCUUCAGGUUACAGACUCCACUAACCCAGAAAUAGUGCUUCAGGUUAAGAACUCUGCUUCAGGAUGAGAACAGAAAUUGUGCAGCAGUGGCAGGAGGCCCCAUUGACUAAAGUGCUGCUUCAGGUUAAGAACAGUUUCAGGUUAAGAACGGACCUCCGGAAUGAAUUAAGUACUUAACCCGAGGUACCACUGUGAUAAUAAUUUAUUACUUAUACUCCGCCCAUCUGGCCAGGCCUCCCCAGCCACUCUGGGCAGUUUCCAACACUACAUAAAAAGGUAAAGGGACCCCUGACCAUUAGGUCCAGUUGUGACCGACUCUGGGGUUGCGGCGCUCAUCUCGCUUUACUGGCCGAGGGAGCCGGCGUACAGCUUCCGGGUCAUGUGGCCAGCAGGACUAAGCCGCUUCUGGCGAACCAGAGCAGCGCACGGAAACGCCGUUUACCUUCCCGCCAGAGUGGUACCUAUUUAUCUACUAGCACUUUUGAUGUGCUUUUGAACUGCCAGGUUGGCAGGAGCAGGGACCGAGCAACAGGAGCUCACCCCGUCAUUGCGGGGAUUCGAACCGCCGACCUUCUGAUCGGCAAGCCCUAGGCUCUGUGGUUUAACCCACAGAAUAUUAAAAACACGAUAAAACGUCAAACAUUAAAAACUUCCCUGAACAGGGCUGCCUUCAGAUGUCUUCUAAAAGUCAGAGAGUUGUUUAUUUCCUUGACAUCUGAAGGGAGGGCGUUCCACAGGGCAGGCGCCACCACCGAGAAGGCCCUCUGCCUGGUUCCCUGUAACCUCACUUCUCGCAAUGAGGGAACCGCCAGAAGGCCCUCGGCGCUGGAUCUCAGUGUCCGGGCUGGAGGAUGGGGGUGGAGACGCUCCUUCAGGUAUACAGGACUGAGGCCGUUUGAAUUUUUUUUAUAAACCAUCCCACAUUCAGUAUCCUGAGCUCAGUAGAACCUCCAUGCCCAAGAGCAGUCUACCCUCUAACGCCACGAACAGAGAACAGGGAAGGUAGAGAGAUAAGGGGUGACCUCUGUGGGCUUUAGAUGCUUCGAUCCAGGAAGACGCUUCUGACUCUCUCUGUCCUUUCUCUUCCCUGUCCAAACCCCCUUUCUUUUCAGGCUGGGAUGUGGAGACGGGCACCUCCGACGGCAUCAGUCCCGACGUCCUCGUCUCCCUUGCCGCCCCCAAACAGUGCGCCACCCGUUUUGUGGGCAAGCACCACCUUGUAGCCGGCCGCUUCCUCCCUUACGACGUGCAGAAAAAGUUUGAACUGAAUUUCCCCGAAUACCCCGGCACAGACGACGUGGUUUCUCUUUAA